AUGUCAAAUGAAACAGCGUCUAUGAGAGAAAUACAACACAACCGACAACUCAUUAUACAAGCUCUAAAUAAGAACACAACAAACUUUUCAAACUAUUCUAAGAUAUCUGAGUCAUUGAAAGAAGGAAACUUAAAACUGACUUUAAACCCAAUGACAGAUGAGUUUCUGUUUCAAGACAAUAAGAACCAUACUGUUUGUAUAAAUCCAACAAAAGGAACUUUAAACGAGAAACCUAUAUCUGAACUUCUUUUGAAAGCAGAUGUUGGCAACAAAGCAGACAAAACAUAUGUAGACGAUGCAAUAGCAAAAGAAGAAGAAAGAGCUGACAAAGCUUAUGCAACAAAAGAACAUACUCAUCCUGAACUAGCAGACAAAAAAUAUGUUGACAAUAAAAUGUCAAGUGAAGUGACAAGAGCUGAAAACGAAUAUUCUAAAAAGACUCAUACACAUACUAUAUCUGAAAUAACAAACUUACAAGAAACCUUAAACAGGAAAAGUGCCGUUGGACAUACACAUACCAUUGCAAAUAUUGCAAACUUACAAGAAACCUUAAACAGGAAAAGUGACGUUGGACAUACACAUACCAUUGCAAAUAUUGCAAACUUACAAGAAACCUUAAACAGGAAAAGUGCCGUUGGACAUACACAUACAUCUUCUGAAAUAACAGACUUAAACGUUAGCCUUGAAAAUAAAGCAGAUAAAACAUAUGUCAAUGAAAUAUACCAAAGUUUAGUUGGAACAAAAAAUAUUGAAACUAUUGUUGGUGACUUUUCUUUCAAUGAAGAAAACAAAUAUUUUAGAUGGCAGUUUGUACACUCCUUAAAAAAUG